ACUAGAAGCUGCAACAUCCCAGGGGAAUGGUUCGCCUCUUAAAAAGCCAAGUCGGCAGCACGCCUCUUAGAUUUGCUUUAGUCGCCAAUCAACAUCAGCAAAAUGCACUUAGACAAAUCCCAUCCUGCUGCUCCGAGCAGGUCCAGACCAUACCAGGGUGUUCGAGUGAAAGAUUCAGUCAAAGAGCUGCUGCGAAGGAAAAGAAGUGCGGAGUUGCUGAGCACCAAGACAACUGCACAUGCUCCAGUAACGUUCAGCAAAAUGGGCUCCUCCCAUCCUGCUGCUCCGAGCAGGUCCAGACCAUACCAGGGUGUUCGAGUGAAAGAUUCAGUCAAAGAGCUGCUGCGAAGGAAAAGAAGUGCGGAGUUGCUGAGCACCAAGACAACUGCACAUGCUCCACGCAAUGCUUUACCGUUGAUUACAGAUUAUUUUUUGUCGUUCCAGACCAUACCGGUGGGCGCAACGACAUGCUCCCUUCCUCAAAUGGACCUCCCAGAUUUAGGGUGUGCUUAUCUCCCCUGGACCCACCCCCUCACCACCCUCUCUACCGUGAUUUCAGGGGUUCAGUUUGCCUCGGGGUCUACACCUGUAUCGGGGUCCUCUUUCGUCCACACACCUUUGUCCAAGUCUUUGACCAACCAAGAUAUAGCUUCUCAGCACCAGAUACUGGAGCCACUGCAAUAUUCGGACCAGACCAACCCCAAGCUACACAAUGAGGUGCUAGAUGAAGAUCAAGAAGUAGAAUUGGAGACACCAAACUUACUUGAUAAAAUUCUGGAGGAUCAGGGCAAAGGUGAAGAUUCAGGAGGCAAGGUGUCAUACAGUAACUCGUUCUAUUUACCCAGUGCUUUUUAACUCCUAAUUUUUUUUAACUCCACUGACCACAAAAGUGCAAAGGAUCGAUGAUUUGCUCCUUUGUCUGCAGAAUUAUGCACAACCAAUAUCUGAUGUAAAUGAAACUUGGUAUAUUUUCACCCAUUAAAAUUUCAGUUUAAAUACGAAUUAAAUGAGGAUAGAGGACUUUGUUUGCUUUUUUGGUCAUUUCCAAGGUUUAAAGAACAUAUUCCCACGUUAAGACAGUCAUUUAAUUUGGAGCAACUUUUAAACAAACAACAUUUAUGGCAACAGUGUUAGUGAGCACAACAAAGACAGCAAGUUAUUUGCCCCAAAACAAUUUGCUGAGGUGUUUUAACUUAUAUCGGUUAUUUCUUUGUUGUGAAAUGUGGGAAAGCCAACUUUCACAAAGGCAAAACAAAAAAUAUGUUGACUUGCCCAACGUAAAAUGUUAUCGAAGCCUGUUGCUUUGAAAUUUUGAGUUCACUCUACAUUUUUUUUCUUACUAUUAUGGCCUUCUCCGGA